AUGCCAGGCUUUCCAGACUCAAUUUGCUACUCAGAAAAGUAUUCCGACCAGCAAUUUGAGUAUCGCCACGUCCUCCUCCCGAAGGACGUGGCAGCGAGGCUCGUGCACCUAACGCAAGGUGGCCAGCGGCUUCUGGAGGAGCAAGAGUGGCGCAGUCUCGGCGUGCAAGGGAGCAGAGGAUGGGUUCACUAUGAGUUUCACAAACCCGAGAUGCACGUGUUGCUGCUGCGACGGCCAUUGCCGAUGCCAGGUAUCCCGGCGGCGGAGCCUGCGUAG